CCCAACAAACCGAAACCUCGACUGUUCAUAUCGAAGCGUUUCAGCGAAACCGCGUCGGAUUUUCACUUAAAAUCCGCACCCGAUCUAAUUUUCGCGUCCCUCACGGAGUUCUCAUGUAGUUUGAGAAUAUCAACUGGCUUCUUUCCAUCACAGAAAUCCAGAAUGAAGACAACUUUCAAGCCGAAUUAUUAUUUAGUUACCUUGGCAAUGACUUUGAUAUUCGUCGAGAGGUCCUCGGAGGAUCGACCAUUGGACAUCGACGAGCACGAACAGUCAGAUAUUCUCUCUUCGUGUUGUCGGACCGAAGACAAUGGUCAGCAUAUCAGAUGCUUCGGGGGAUUCCAUAAGAGGUGGCUGCCCAGGCCCGAAACUGUUAAAGUUCUCGAGAUCCUCGACUGGCCUGAACGAACUUUCGAUCCCGAGCGUCAUUUGCGAGGUCUAACGUCCUUGGAAGAGGUUAAAAUCGUCAGUAGCAAUCUUUCGAAGAUAUCGUCACGCUUCCCGAGAGAUGCAUUGUUUUUGAAGAAAGUGAGCAUCACUGGCACCGAUCUGCAAUUCCUUCCGAGAGACGUCUUCGUAGAUUCGCCGAACCUAAGGUACGUCGACUUGCGGAACAAUUCCCUCGGGACGAUGAACCCGCAAACCUUCGAAGUGGAACCUCUGCGAGAAAUCUAUCUCUCAGGUAACAAAUGGAAAUGCUCUUUGGACAACUCCUGGAUCCUGGACUCGAGGAAGGUUUCCGUCGCCAGCAGGAUCGUCGACAGGGACAAGCUCAGAUGUCAUACUCCUUUCACAGGAAGGCCACUCCUCUUCGUCAUGGAAAUUAUCGAGAGGCUAGAGAGGGAGUGCAAGCUCACGCCCUGCGACUGCAAUCUGGUUUACAUUGUGAACCGACAAGAUCGAGGCGAUGGAAGACGAGAUCCCAUGGCUUUGGCCUCAAUGAAUUGUAGCAGUCGAGGUCUGGUGUCUCUUCCAAACUUCCUACCGAGGAACACGACCACUCUUCAUCUGGCCAACAACAAGAUAACUGACCUGUCUUCACUCGCCACGAAUCCCGAGUACAGACGAAUCGUCGACGUCUACCUGAACGAUAACCUGAUAGAGUCCAUAGCGCCUCUGGAAGGGUCCCACUGGCUGGACCACUUCCGACUCCUUGAUCUCCGGGGGAACAAGUUGUCAGAUCUGCCAACCUACGCCCUGGAGAACGCGCUCUUGCAGAGCAGAAACGCCGCCAGCAUCUACCUCGGGAACAAUCCCUGGAGGUGUGACUGUUCCUUCACCCCCGGCUUCCAGGAUCUGCUGGUCAGAUACGAGCGACUGAUAAAGGACAUCAACGACGUUAAAUGCUCAGCCGACGCCCGUGAUGAUAAUUCCAAUAAGCAGAUUCGCGAGCUGACGAGGACUGAGAUUUGUGUUUCGCCGGAAGAGGAGUCCUGGCUCUACCCCCUGGACGUCCUCAACGUGAUCCUUGCCCUGUUGAUACUCUUGAUAAUCGGCAAGUUGGUGUACGAUUACUGGUCAUUCAAGAAGACCGGUAAUCUACCUUGGCUCGUCACUAAAAUUCCGUGAAACGAUUCGAAUCAAAGAAGGCCCUAGUAACAAAAUAUUUGUCUUACGUUUU